CGGGUCCCCAGUGAUCUCCGCCGGAAGUAAUGAUUGUCAAGGAGUUACCUUCGCUCAGCAUGGCGGCGAUUCCCCCAGACACUUGGCAGCCGCCCAACGUCUACCUGGAAACUAGCAUGGGGAUCAUCGUGCUGGAGUUGUACUGGAAGCACGCACCGAAGACCUGCAAGAACUUUGCGGAGCUGGCUCGGCGGGGCUACUACAACGGCACCAAGUUCCACAGGAUCAUCAAGGACUUCAUGAUCCAAGGCGGUGACCCGACAGGCACAGGUCGGGGCGGUGCGUCUAUUUAUGGCAAACAGUUUGAAGAUGAGCUUCAUCCAGACCUGAAGUUCACUGGGGCUGGGAUUCUCGCAAUGGCCAAUGCAGGACCAGACACCAAUGGCAGCCAGUUCUUCGUGACCCUGGCCCCCACGCAGUGGCUGGAUGGCAAACAUACCAUUUUUGGCCGUGUGUGCCAGGGUAUAGGGAUGGUGAAUCGAGUGGGCAUGGUGGAAACAAAUUCCCAGGACCGUCCUGUUGAUGACGUGAAGAUCCUUAAGGCGUACCCGUCUGGGUAGAUGGGCUGCUGUCUCCGGCAUGCUCAGGUCCCAGUGAGCUGUUUUCUGGAUGACAGAGCGCCGUGUGAUUCAGCAUCAUGCAUACCUACUCUGAAACAGAGGGGUCGUCUCUGGGGACAUUUGUAUUCUGGCCAACAGUCAUAGACUUGAAAAGCAGGCCUCCAGUGUGACUUCUUCCAGGAAUAUGCACAGUGCUCUCUCUCCCUCUGAGCCUGAGCAUCAAUACUGCUGCUUCUGACACUACACAUCCCACGCAAACCCAUAUUGAAUCGUUGCCAAAUGAAAAAUGCAUCCAACAAUCAAGUUGCUAAGAAGGUGUCAAGUGGGGGUGAUAAUGUGUAAUGAUUGGGCAAUGAGUCUCUGGAAGGAAGCAGAAGUGUGGCCAUCUUCCCCUCGGGACGGAGGGAGGGAGGGAGAGUCUAGUGAGCACAAGGCCAGGCCUUCACGGGCCUCCCCACAGGAAGUGACACGUUCUAGGUCUUUAGAAAAAAAUAAAAGGUUUUUAUGCA